UAUGAGAAGAUAACUUGAUCUUAUUUUUCUGUGAGCAUUGCUAACCACGUGGAGAGCGGGCAGAAGUAAAAGUUUGCUGAAAGUUGAAGAAAUAUGGCUUCAGAAAUGGCCCUUCUAAGUGUUUCGGACAAGCGCGGGCUUGUGAAGUUUGCCACUGUGCUCUCCUCUCUGAACCUCAAGUUGGUUGCAUCUGGUGGAACGGCAAAGGUCAUUCGUGAUGCUGGUCUGGAUGUUAGCGAUGUUUCCGACAUUACAGGAGCUCCAGAGAUGUUGGGAGGACGAGUGAAAACACUACACCCUGCUGUUCAUGGUGGUAUUCUUGCAAGGCUGACCGGUUCGGACCAGACUGAUAUGGAUAAGCAAGGUUUCAAGAUGAUUCGUGUAGUUGUCUGUAACCUGUAUCCAUUUGAGAAAACGAUCACAAAUCCUGACGUUACCAUGGAACAAGCUGUUGAACAGAUCGAUAUAGGUGGAGUGACUUUGCUGAGAGCUGCAGCAAAAAAUCAUGAACGCGUAACAGUCGUGUGUAACCCUGACGAUUACGACAGUAUUGCAGAUGAAAUGAGUAAAUCAGAAAAGAAAGACACGUCCAAAGCAACAAGACAGAUGCUAGCUGUGAAGGCUUUCAACCACACCGCUGAUUAUGACGCGGCGAUAUCGGAUUACUUCCGACGUCAGUACAGCAAGGGUGUGUCACACCUCCCUCUGAGAUACGGUGCGAACCCGCACCAAAAACCGGCCCAGUUGUACACGACUCGCCCGCAACUCCCAGUCAAAGUUUUGAAUGGCUCUCCUGGUUUCAUCAACCUUUGCGACUCUCUCAACGGCUGGCAGCUGGUUCGAGAACUGCGGUCUGCUCUUGGACUCCCGGCGGCUACGUCCUUCAAACACGUCAGCCCAGCAGGAGCUGCUGUCGGCAUACCAAUGAAUGCAGCCCAGUCUCGACUUUGUAUGGUCGACGAUAUGACAGAGUUGUCUCCUUUGGCUAUUGCAUAUGCUAGAGCUAGAGGUGCUGACAGAAUGUCGUCAUUCGGUGACUUUAUUUCUCUCUCGGAUAAAUGUGAUGUUUCUACAGCAAAAAUAAUAUCAAGAGAGGUUUCAGAUGGAGUUAUUGCCCCUGGGUAUGAAGACGCAGCCUUUGAAAUCCUUAAAAAGAAGAAAGGUGGAAAUUAUUGCAUAUUACAGAUGGAUCCGGAAUAUGAGCCAUCUCCGCAAGAGACCCGCACGUUGUUUGGUCUACAGCUACAACAGGAAAGAAACAACGCAGUGAUCAGCGAAAAACUCUUCACAAACAUCACCUCGCAGAGAAAAGAGUUGCCAGAGUCUGCGAUUCAAGAUUUGACUGUGGCUACGAUUGCUUUGAAGUACACUCAGUCGAACUCGGUCUGUUACGCCAAGGAUGGACAGGUGAUUGGUAUUGGAGCUGGACAGCAGUCUAGAAUCCACUGCACCCGAUUGGCUGGUGACAAAGCUAACAACUGGUGGUUGCGCCAGCAUCCUAAAGUGCUUGGCAUGAAGUUCAAGAAAGGUGUGAAAAGAGCUGAAAUGUCAAACGCAAUAGACGUUUAUGUCCUAGGGACUGUGGGACAGGACAUGGAUGUCAAAGUCUGGACUAACAUGCUAGAGGAUGCCCCAUCUCCACUUACAGAGGCUGAAAGGAAAAGCUGGAUUUCUGACCUCAAUGGAGUAGCUUUGAGUUCUGAUGCUUUUUUCCCAUUCCGUGACAACAUAGAUCGAGCACAUCAGAGUGGUGUGGAGUACAUUGCAUCUCCCGCUGGGUCCACGAAUGACGGCGACAUCAUCAAGGCCUGCGACGACCACAACAUUGUUCUGGCCCACACUGCGAUCCGCCUCUUCCAUCAUUAAACUGUCGCCAUGACAAGAUUGUUCUGGCCCACACUGCGAUCCGCCUCUUCCAUCAUUAAAUUGUUGCCAUGACAACAUUGUUCUGGCCCACACUGCGAUCCGCCUCUUCCAUCAUUAAACUGUCGCCAUGGCAACAUUGUUCUGGCCCACACUGCGAUCCGCCUCUUCCAUCAUUAAACUGUCGCCAUGGCAACAUUGUUCUGGCCCUCACUGCGAUCCGCCUCUUCCAUCAUUAAACGGUCGCCAUGACAACAUUGUUCUGGCCCACACUGCGAUCCGCCUCUUCCAUCAUUAAACUGUCGCCAUGGCAACAUUGUUCUGGCCCACACUGCGAUCCGCCUCUUCCAUCAUUAAACUGUCGCCAUGGCAACAUUGUUCUGGCCCUCACUGCGAUCCGCCUCUUCCAUCAUUAAACGGUCGCCAUGACAACAGCGUAUUUCUGUAUUCUGUCUUAUAACACAGUAGUUCCUGUCUCAUGAUUUAACAGUUGUUCACGUUGUCAUGACAAUGGUGUAUUUCUGUACCCUGUCUGUCUACAUCACAGUUCAGUCUCAUGAUAUAUCAGCUAUUGUUCACGUGUUGUCAUGACAACGGUAUAUUUCUGCAGAAUUGUUUGUGUCCCUAUCACAGGAGACCCUGCAUCAUGAUACUGUAUUGGCCUUCUUUAACUUGUUGCUAUGACAACAUUUCUACUCCACAAUUCCUGCAUUGGCCUUCACCAAGUGGUUGUCAUGACAACUUAGUUCCACUAUGAUGAUAUUAUAUUGGUCAUUAACUUGACAUGUCAAAUUGUCGUAUAAACUACUGUUGUUCUUUUGUUCCUGUGGCAACAUGACUACCAUUUACUUGUUGCCAGGGAAACAUAGCUGUGUCAUAAUAGUAUUGUGAACUGUGGCUAUAAACAGCAGUUCGAAACAUUUCAUUUAUUGUCCAAAAUAUCAAUUCAUAUCUGUAUUUUUCAGCAAGUUUCUUCUAAUAAUAAGUUGUUGGGUCAUUCGUCUGUGACAAUUUUUUUUGCAUUUACCAUAGUUUCACACCAGGGCUUGCGCUGUUGUUCACCAAAGUUGCACCCAAUAGCCGAUGUAUUUUUCGCGCUGAGGUGUCGUUAAACAUUCGUUCAUUCAUUCAUUCAUUUAUUUGUGACAAUACACUUAAAACUGCUGUGAUAACCGUAGCAUUCCACAUCAUAUUGUAUUGACGAUCAUUAAAAGUUUUUGCUAUGGCAGCAUCAUUUUCACCCUCAUGACAUGAGUUGGCUAUCAUUACCGUUUCAUAUCGAUGUUUCCAGUACUGACAAAGUAAUUGUAAUCAGUCGUAGCAGGAUUGUAAUAAUGAGAACACCACCCCCCCCCCCCCCCCCCC